GUCUUGUUCAUUUCAGGUCUAUAUGUAAAGAGUGCUAGUGCAUGUAAAACACAUACAAGAUAACAUUUGUUUCAACAAAUGGAUGAAAUAAGCGAUUUAGAAGAUGUUCCUGAAGUUGAGCUGGGAGAUAUACGGUUGUUACUUAGGCAAGAGGCUGAGAACAGGGUUGUUGAAGAUGAUGGCUAUACGUUGUUCGGCUGUCUUGCGUUAUGUAUAAAAAAUCUGUUGUUGCGGAUAACAGCUCGAAACAAAAACAAAACGACUCAAGGAACUACCAUUGAAGAUUAUACCAAACCAGAUGUUAUUAAGAAAGGUGUUGUUGAUCUUCUAUCGAAACACAAGAAGCAGUUCAAAUCGGUUUUGACAAUACUUGUCGACGAUAUUCCACCAGAAGUGUUAUCAAAUAGUCAGACCGAAAGCAAAGAAAGUGAAGCUGAUUUGGAUACAUUUUACCAAAGGGUUAUCGAAGAUUGUAAAAGUGAUGAAAAAUAUAAACCUUAUGCGAAGUUAUGUAUCUAUGCAGCAGCAACAUGUAUAAAUACACCUAUAUACAUCCUUUGUGUAAGUGAGGCAGGGGAAAUGCAAUGGACUUACUUCAAACCAUUAUUCAAAUUCGAAGGUCAACCGGAAGCUGUAAUAACAUAUGUGACUAUGUUCAUAUCUUCUGACAAUACUUUCCAUGGAAUAGAAUCACACGAUCAAUCUGCACCAAAACCAGUAGCAAGAGGUCUUGUAGGGAUGUAUAUGUCAAUUUUAGAAGACACACCAGAAAAGAGCAUUGAGGUUCCAGACGAGCUUAGGGAUUUAUCAAUAGCUUCUAAAUCUAAGCUAUGUUACACUCUCAGUGGUGAAAUGGUUUUAAAAUCUUGUGAACUGCUACGGAAGAAAGGCCUUUUAAACGAAAAUGAUUACCGCAAGAUGACAGCACACAGAGCCACGAGAAUUGAAUUUGCCAUGUUUGUCACAAACUCACCAGAUGCGUUUGACAUUGUGUGCCAGGUUCUGCUCAAACGCCGCGAGAAGACUAUACUCAAAGAAUACCUGAACAACUGGACCAUCUUUGUUCGAUCAUGUGGUUUCCUUGCAAAGUUUGAUGCAUUAAUAGAGCUGGAUAUUGCAAUUUAUGAGAGAAAUAUUGCUGUGUCGGCUUUUGUGAAUUCUUGCAUAGCCGGAGGACAAGAGUUGGAUGAAAGAAGAAGGAGAAUAACAACAACAGUGAUCGCAAGCUCGUCGGUCGGCAUUGUGUCUGGAGGUAUGGUAAUUGCAGGACUUAUACUUGCACCCUUCAGCUUCGGUGCAUCGUUAGGUCUUAGUAUCGCAGGAGGGGCCAUUGGCGUGGGUUCCGGGGUUGCAGCAGGAACUGCAAGGACCGUUGAAGCUGUAAAACAGAACUCUAAAUUAAAUGACAUCAAGGCGGAACAAGAAGAAAUUAAGUCAAAGGAACAAAGAGUAGCUUCAGCGCUUCAAAAAGUUGAAGAAUAUUUUAGAACAGAGAUUGCAAAUUCUAGCACAACGGACACCGAAGGUCCUGGAUCAAGCAUACGAGGUUUGCUUGCUAUUGGUUCAGCUCUCCGAGCUGGUCAUAGUAUAGCAGGUAUAGCUCUUGCAGCAGUAAGGUUAGGAACAACAGCCGCAGCUGUAACGGCAUCUGUUCUUGGACCUUUAUCCUUGGUAUUCGAUGUUGCAUUUCUGGCAGAAGCAGCGCAUAAUAAACACACAGGUGAUAAAACAAAUGCUGGAGAAAUGUUGCAUGACAUGGCUGAAACUGUUGAUGUUAAGUGUAAAAUAUUUAACAGUAUGCUUCGUGGAAAUUGUGACGAACACAAACGAUUAUUUGAGUGGGCGUAAAACAAUAGGUACAUGAAGUUAAUAAAAUAAAUUUAUGUAUGAAAGGCACAUAAUGUUUAUGCAUAAUAUUCCUCUGAUCAAGUGUGUGUUGUUUUGUUACUUUGUGCUUGCGUCUGCUUAUAUGCAUAUUAAUAUUUCGCUGAAGGUAAACCUUAUAUGAAAGAUUUUAAGGAAAAGGAUAAGUGUAUUGAUAUACAUUUGUAUCGGAGUAUUUUUUUAAACUAUUUGUUCAGUGUCGUCUAUAAUAAAGUACAUUACGAAUCA